UUCUGAGUCGAAUUUUCAAUCGCGAGGGAGAAAAGAAAGAAAAAGGGAGUAAAGAUGUCGGGCAUGGGAGACGGGUACGUGGGCACGGCCCAAGACUCCGUCAGGAUCCGAAGGCUCGAGAAGCAGAGAGAAGCGGAGCGCCAGAAAAUCCAAGAGCUCAAGUCCAAGUCUGCAUCAGAACAGGGCCAACCUGGUCUCCUCCAAUUCGGCUCCAGUACCUCCGAGAUUCUUGAGACCGCGUUUAAGAAGGAAACUGUUGGUUUGGUUACGAGGGAGCAAUACGUUGAGAAGAGAGUUAACAUUCGGAACAAAAUCGAGGAGGAAGAGAAGGAGAAACUUCAGAAACUACAACAGGAGGAGGAGGAGCUCCAAUUACAAAAGCGUAAAAAAAGAAAGAUAAAAGGGACUUCUCGUUUGUCAUUUGCAGAUGACUUUGAGAAUGGAAGUGAAGACGAAGAUGGGGAAAACAAAAGUUCCGACCCAGCGAAAUUUCGAGCUAAAUUGGGAAAAGAUCCCACUGUGGAAACUAGCUUUCUACCAGACAGUGAGCGUGAGGCUGAGGAGCAAGCUGAGCGUGAAAGGUUGCGGAAACAGUGGCAACUUGAGCAAGAGCAAAUACGAAAUGAGCCACUUGAAAUCACUUAUAGUUAUUGGGAUGGAGCAGGCCAUAGGCGAACAAUCCAGGUACGCAAGGGGGACACUAUAGGAGAAUUCCUUCGGGGUGUUCAGCAACAACUUGCACCAGAAUUUCGAGAAAUUCGGACUACCUCUGUGGAAAACUUGCUUUAUGUGAAAGAAGAUCUUAUUAUUCCACAUCAGCACAGUUUCUACGAGCUAAUUGUUAACAAGGCUAGGGGAAAAAGUGGUCCGCUGUUUCACUUUGAUGUGCAUGAGGAUGUGCGAACAAUUGCUGAUGCAACAAUAGAGAAAGAUGAGUCUCAUGCUGGGAAGGUGGUUGAAAGGCACUGGUAUGAGAAGAACAAGCAUAUUUUCCCCGCGUCAAGAUGGGAGAUAUAUGAUCCAACAAGGAAAUGGGAGAGGUAUACUAUCCACGGCGACUGAUUGAUUAAUAUUAAGGACUUGGUUUUGCUUAGAUUUUUUUUUUUAUAUAAUUCUUUAGCUGAGUGUCAUGUGAUGCAGUUUUCAGUAGUAGUUCAACUGCACUUUAAAGAAAAUGUAUUUUAAGAGAUUUUUGGACCAAGUUGCUAAGCUAUACCGAUACAGCGAUACUGUCAACGUUAUUUAUUUGCAUCUUAAUCUUUUUUUACAGUCCAA